AUGUCAUCAUUGUAUUCAACUGCUUCAUCAUCACCAAAGAUAUACUUUGGAGGAGGACCAAACAACAUUGUAGCAGACAAGAAUCAUGUGUUUGAAUUACGUACCUACAGUAUCAAACCAGAGCAAUUGUCAGAGUUUGUUGCAUUGACCAAAGAGAACAUGCAGCACAAGACAAAGUAUGAUGCAAAGUUACGUGGUGCUUGGGUGUCAGAGUUGGGUCCAACUAACCAAUUUGUUCAAUUGUGGGAGUUUGAAAGUUUGGAUAAACGUGCUGCUAUUCGUAAGCAAUUGGACAGUGACAAGGAAUGGACUCAAUACUUGAAACAAGCUCGUCCAAUGAUCAUCACUCCAGAGUCGAUCAUUUUAAAACAAUUCCCAUGGAGUAAACUCAACCUUCCACAAGAUCAUUUUGAAAACAAACAAGUUUGGGAAUUAAGAACUUAUCAAACUAAACCUGGUUUGGUUGGAAAAUAUAUAUUAUUGAUAUUAAUGAACAUUUUACUAUAUGUGUCGUCGUCGUGUUUAGGGUCAGAAACAUUCCAAAAAGGAUUUGGAGAAAGAAGUAAAUAUUCAUCACCAAGUGGAGUAUUCUUUAGUGAAGUUGGUAAACUCAAUGUUUUAGUUCAUCUAUGGCCAUAUGAUAACUUUGAACAUCGUACCAAUGUUAGAGAUGAAGCUUUAAAGAAUGAUACUUGGAGACAAACUGUUACCGACACUAUGCCACUUCUCGAUAACAUGGAAAGUAAAACUUUACUUCCAGUUUCAUUUCCAAAACUUUAA